GUACAUGUACAUGUAUGAUCUAGUCCGUGUACAUGUAAUGCCAGUAUUGUGCGACAGGGGACACAAGACCAAUCGGUCAAAAUUAUCCUGAGGGAGCCAGGACUCCGGAGCCAUGCUUGCAAACUCCCCACCAUAAUUAUGCUCUCUCCGCCCUGUACUGAACAGGCGACCACUGCUGCUGCCUACUCUUCCGACUAAUGAAGCCAGUCUCCACCACAACAAGGAGAGGAAAGAUAGAGUGUUGUGUCUCUGGGUGUCACGUACAACUAUGCAAGCCUCCAUGUUGCAGACCAGGAAGAUGUGCUUUCAGGUUAUUCAGCUUGUUCAGACACAGCUUUCUUAGCAGAGUAAAGCUGAGCUUUCUGGUAAUGCGAUCGGAUCGAUCGGGACAACGACAGAUCUUCGAAAUCUUGCAAACUCUGCUACAUAUGCUCCAGGGAUCAGCUCAGCUACAUUGGGAGACCGCUGUUGGACAAUGUGGGCUCUGCUGACCAGUAUUCUGCUCUUCAUCUUCUGUCUCACCAGCGCACUAUACGCUACAGACAGAGGCGCUGCGACGCUCGGGCAGCGAUCCUUGCUGACCGUGUCCGCAGGCAGUGUCGGAGGUCUAAUCGGAUUCCUGGUGGCGUGUGUAUCUCAAGACACCCAGUUACUUUCUCUGUUCACAUCGCUCAAAGACAUAUUGGUACUUUGGGCAGUGGGUGUAGCACUGCUAUCGCAUACAUGUCACAAGGCUAUUCAACAAUCACCACCAUCAGGGAAACUGCAUCGCGGCACAGGGAGCAAACACAAGCAUGGCCACAGUGGCUCUCACGAAGCUGGCAGUGGAGCUCACAUACAGAAAGAAGGCUCUCGCCAUCCUGAAAAACGUCCAGUGGGCACGAUUGCAGUGAAGAAUCCACCACCAUCACGCCCAAACCGAACGGAAGGACACAGGGGAACACCUGAUGGCAACCCAGAAACUACAGGGCAUAUCGCCUCAGCUAAUCUCACUCGACCUACUGGGACAGCUACUACCAAGCCAUUGGAAGUCACUCCGCCAUCAACAGGUACUACUAAGCCACUAGAAGUGGCUCCAGCAACAAUAGGUACUGGCGAAGACGGGACAGAUCCAAGAUCGCCUUCAACCACCGACCAAGGCAGUCUCUCCCAUCACAACGGACAACCUAAAAGGCCUCAGCGAGAUGAAGACACAUCUAAACCUCAGCCGGACGGAGACAAAACCAAACAACAUCCAGAUGGAGACAAACGCAACCCUCAGCCAGGUGGAGACUCAUCUAACCCUCAGCCAGAUACAGACACAUCAAAGCCUCAGCCAGAUGGAGACAAAACCAAACAACACCAAGACGGAGCCACCUCAACACCUCAGCCAGAUGAAAUCAAAACCAAACCUCAGCCAGAUGGAGAGACAUCAAAACCUCAGCCAGUUGGAGACAAAACCGAGCAAAACCCAGACGGAGACGAAAGCAAACCUCAUCCAGAUGGAAACAAAUCAAAACCUCAGCCAGAUACAUUGAAACCUCAGCCAAUUGGAGACAAAAGCAAACGUCAGCCAGAUCCAUACACACCUUCAACUCAGCCAGAUCAAGACAAAAGCAAACAUCAAGACAAAAGCAAACGUCAGCCAGAUCCAUACACACCUUCCACUCAGCCAGAUCAAGACAAAAGCAAACGUCAGCCAGAUCCAUACACACCUUCAACUCAGCCAGAUCAAGACAAAAGCAAACGUCAGCCAGAUCCAUACACACCUACAACUCAGCCAGAUCGAGACAAAAGCAAACGUCAGCCAGAUCGAGACAACACCGAACCUCAGCCAGAUACUGACACAUCAAAGCCCCAGCCACAUGAAGACCCAUCAAAACCACAACCACAUGGAGACAACACCAAACAACACCGAGAUGGAGACAACACCAAACAAAACCGAGAUGGAGACAGAACCAAACCUCAGCCAGAUGGAGACACAUCUAAACCUCAGUCUGAUACAGCCACAUCUGAACCCCAGCCAGAUGGAGACACAUCUAAAUCUCACUCGGAUAGUGACAAAUCCAAGCCUUACUCAGAUGGCGACAAAAGCACACCUCGGCCAGAUGGAGACACAUCAAGAUCUCAUUCAGAUAUGGACACAUCAAAACCUCAGCCACAUGAAGACACAUCGAAACGUCAGCCAGAUCAAGACAACACCAGACAAAACCCGGAUGGAAGCAAAUCUAAACCUCAGCCAGAUGGCGAUAAAAGUAAACCUCAACCAGAUGGCGAUAAAAGUAAACCUCAGCCAGAUAUAGACACAUCUGCACCUCAGCCAGACACAUCUGGACCUCAGCCAGACACAUCUGCACCUCAGCCAGACGGAGGCAAGGCCAAACAAAAGUCAAAUGGAGACAAAACCAAGCCUCAUCCAGAUGGGGACGAAAUGACACCUCCCCCACUGAAGGUAAAGAAACCCAAACCACCGUACCAAGGUGGAGGCGAAGAGAAACCUCCAGCAGAUGGAAGCAAAAUCAGUCAGUACCCUGAUGUCGACAAACCCAUUCCUAACCAAGAUGCAGACAAACCCAUGGCUAACCAAGAUGGAGACAAACCUCUGCCUCACCAAGAUGCAGACAAUCCCCUGCUUAAACAAGAUGCAGACAAAGCCAAGCCUCAACCUGAUGUAGACAAACCCAUGCCUACCCAAGAUGCAGACAAACCCAUUCCUUACCAAGAUGCCGACAAAGCCAAGCCUCAACCUGAUGUAGACAAACCCAUGCCUAACCAAGAUGCAGACAAACCCAUUCCUAACCAAGAUGCCGACAAAGCCAAGCCUCAAGCUGAUGUAGACAACAGGACACCUCGGUCCGACGAAGACAAAAGCAGUACUCGCCCAGCUGGAGGAACAAACAAACCGGCCCUAAAGAAAGCUGAAUCGCAUUCAGAUGAAGCGAACAAGAAAGGAGAAAGGAUAGUUAGCAGCCCAGCUAAGCAAGAUAAAGGUCUUCAUCAAAGCAGUGCUGAUGGUGACAGCAGAGAAUCAUCAAGUGAUGAUCGGAAUCCACCUGAUGAUGCCGGCGGGAAACCCAUGGAUGGCAGCCACACAAACAAUGCUGCCGAGACUGCAAACCCUGAGCGGCUGCCACACAAACAACGCAAUGGACGCAUUACUCUACAGCUGAGAAUACCCAAAGGACACUCGGGAAGCAGACCCCACCACAUCGCUCUGGUUCUGAAGCCCGGUCACGCCCGACGGUCGGGUACGAUCACUGUUCAACCGCAGAAAGGCAUAGCCGCUGUUUACAUACAUGGCUGAUGUAUGACUGGAUGGCUGUAUCGCUGUGAGUCUCAGGCUAUUGGACAACCAUAUCACAGAGAUACGCUGAGUGGCUGGUCACUGCAGAAAUAUCCGCCAGAGAAAAUCCAGGUUCGAAAAGUGGACUCAGAACUGCACUAAAAUUAGUGGCAGGACAAUUUGCGUAUCAGUACUAUUAUUUCCAUUCGCUCAAGUACAUGUAGUGAGUAUUAUUAUAGUUUGCAAUUUGUCAAGACCUAAUGAGCAUGCUGGCACUAUGCUGCACUUUGCCAUUCCUGCCUGCUUUAUUCUACUUGCAUACUUUGAUCAAGCAUGAUGGAAGCAAGCUAAUUUCUGUAGUUGGUCUGUUGGUCUAGGGGUAUGAUUCUCGCUUAGGGUGCGAGAGGUCCCGGGUUCAAAUCCCGGACAGACCCAUUUUUUUCUCCAAAUCGCAUGAUAUAAUUAUUAUAGUCUCGGUAUGCAUAACUCUAGCCUGGCCUACAAAAAAAAGUUUAUACAUGUGACCUUUUGACUCUAUUUUUAAUAUUUUUAUUUUUUUAACACAGUUUAUGGCAUUCAAUACACCGGGCACUUAGAUCACUGAAUAAUCUUAGAAAUUGCCCAAAUCAAGUUAUUUAUAUCCACUGAACGACACGAUCUCUACCAUAACCACAUAAACCACGGUGGGUAGCUGAUAUAGCGUCAGGGACAGCGUAUUUCGUUGUAUACAUCACUGUUCUUGACGUCAAUACGCAGUUAACCUGAUGUCACAGAUCGCAGUGAAUCUCGGACGUCCAGCACGCAACCAAAAUUGGUCU